CUUUCUAUUCCUGUUGCCUAACCUUUAUAUUGCCUAUGAGUUAUCAUGCCCACAUUCGUCACAUUGGAGAUCAAGAGCUGAAGGAUUAUGUACAAUUAGACUGGCAUUUCAGUAUUAUUGCUUAUGGGAUACCAAUAACAAAUCGUACACAGAAUCAUGUUCAGAAAAACCAGACGUUGCGCCUAAAGGAAGAAAAUACAUUGUCGAAGGAUCACCAACAUUUGUUCAAUGCUCACUUGAUCGAUAUCAACCCAUAAUAUUUUACCGGAAUGCUAACAGUCAUUGCAUCUUACUCAAAUCAAUGUGCGCUGAAAAGGGGCAGACACUUUCAGGUCAGGGUUCGACAGAAGAUGACGUCAGAUGUCGAUGUGAUUACAGACAAGGAUAUGAUUACGUAACCAGACCAAAAGAUAUUUGUUAUUGUAAUCCUACACAAGAAGACUGUUCAUGUUUUCAGAAACAAUGUGAUGACACCAAAUAUCUCUCACCUGAUUAUCAGUGUGUGAUGAAGGAUGCAUCCCUAGUCAAGUUUCAAUGUGGACCGAUAAAUAUUUUACAAGAGAAAGACACUACUACUUCAAAGAACAUAUUGAGAGAUUCUACAGUAAAGGCAACAACCAAUGGGCAGAUUGGUGGAAUUGUUUUGCUAGUAAUUAUUAUUGCACUAUGUAUCGUUGCUGUGAAAAUAGUCCGCACGGUAAACGUUCGAAAAAGAGAACAUGAAAUAAAUACUAAAAAUUCUUUAGAGAGACAGGUUAUUGGUAAUUGGAAAAAACUGAAGCAAACAAUUAACCCUGAUUUAAUGCUGCGCUCAAUUGUUAAGGAAGGAAUUAUCGAAACAGGUAUUGAACAAAAUUUACAGAAGAAAUCACCGAAUCUUCAAAAGAAUCACUACUUGAUAUGUCUAAUUCGAAAAGGAAGUGUUAAAACAUGUUUAAGUAUUUUACGAAGGCAAGGGAAAUCUACUAUGAAAGUACUUAAGGAACCAGUUGUUAAUCCAAAAUGGGGUAAAAGAAGUUUAGAACACUGUCGUCAACAGCUGGAUAAAUCUAAAGCAUCGUUACUCGAAUUCUUCAAUCCAGACCAAGUUGUGGACAAUUUCCUUGAGAGUUUUAUUUUUGACAUUAAUGAUUAUGAAGAAAUACUGAACUGUGAAGACUCAAUGACUAUGAAACAAUGUUUUAUAGAGAAAUUAGAAAAUUCAUUAUACAAAGGCUCAUUUGAAUGCUUAUUAAAAGUGUUACAAGAUGACGAUGUUGGUUUUUUGUCAGAAGAAUUAAAAACAGGUUUAAUUCCAGCGAUAGGUUGCAACUGUGAAGAUGGAAUAAUCUAUUCAAAUUGUAAAGUUCCAGAGGACAACUAUGAAGUCAAUUUAACAUUAUCGUCCGGAAACUUAAAUGAAAAAAUUCAAUUCGAAUUUUGGGAUUCAUCUUGUGGUUGUCUUAUUUGGUUGGCUAAAACAUUUGCAGUGUACCCGGUCACAUCUUUUGUCACCGGAAGUGCCACUUUCGACCCUUUAUCCAAUACCACUCUUAAACAACUCAAAGAAGGAUCACAGUGCGGAAACUGGUCACAUUUUAUUGAAACUGUUUUUGAUAAUGAAUAUUUACGAAAUUCGUUAAAGAAUGGAAAUGUCCUCAUUGAAAUGAAUGUUUCAAUAAAUAGCGUUAGAACUGAAGGUAAACAAGACAAACUAUCACUACCAUACUCAACGGAAGACAAUUUAUUUAAUAUCAUUACAGCAAACAAAACUUUUCUUCAGUCAAAUAUUGACGUGGAGGAGCUAAUAAGAGAUUUUUCAGAAAAAAGGCAAACUAUAUUUCAAGAAUGUGAUGGUAUACCAGGAAUAGAUCAAAAGUCACAAACGUUCGUCAACUUGCUAGGAAAAAACACAGACCUUAUAGAGCAAUUCAUUCGGAUAUUAAAGAAAAAGCGAGAAAAAAACAAGAAAAUAUUGGAUAGAUUACAUACUUUUCAGAAAGUAUUUCAUUCAAAUGCUGAUAUGUUACCUGAUAAUAUCACGUAUUAUUUUCCGGAGCUAAUUUCCAUAGCAGAUGAUUUCGAAAAUUUAAGAAAUAUUUUUGAAGAAAGGAAUAUCUUCUGUAGGGAACUAGACAUUAUUCAAGAAAAAUGUAAUAAAAAUAAUAAUCGACACAAAAUGAUAGUUUUUGUAAUUGCAAUUUUGAAAUCUGGAAGUACACGUACAAUGCGUUCGUUAGUUGAUGCUUUGUUUAUGUAUGAACACGAUUCAUUAGCAGAAAGAUUACUUCAAAGAAAAGAAAACAACAUAGAAGAGCCGGGUUUGAAUUUUAAAGGCAAGUUUAUAAUUUUGUAA